AUGGGGCGUCAUGUACUUGCUCUGAUAGAAGACAUUUACUACCAUGUUCUUGCUGUGAUCGGCAUACCUGCGAACAUGUUGACGAUUGUAAUUCUCCUCCGUGGGAAGUGCGGUCUCUCCCCGUGCAUCACCCGGUACCUGCUGGCGAUGGCGGUGGCAGAUCUCCUCGUCCUGAUAUUCACGGUAGUACUGCUGGAGAUUAGCGCCACGUAUUUCCCCCAUUCAUUGCUGAAACACACAGUCGUCUGCAGUUCCACCUAUAUCCUGGGCUUCGUAACAGUUGACAGCUCCGUUUGGUUAACGGUCUGCUUCACCUUCGACCGGUUUGUGGCCAUCAGCUGUCAGAAGCUGAGGAGCAGAUACUGCACCGCAAGAACAGCGGCCGUCGUCAUAGCUACAGCUAGCCUGCUUUGCGUUGCAGAAAACAUGCCGAUAUAUUUAGCUUUCGAACCUCGGGAUGUAGUUGACGGGGUACCGAGGCACUGCUCGCUGAAACCUCUUUUCUACUCCGCUCCGGGGUGGCUGGCCUAUUCGUGGACUGACACCAUCUUAACGCCGUUCGCUCCAUUCCUUCUGAUUUUGCUCUUCAAUGCUCUGACAAUCAGGUACAUUUUAGUCGCCAGCAAAAUCCGGAAGAAUUUGCGCAGCAGCAAAACGCCUGAUAACCAGAACGACCAAGAGGCGCAGAACCGAACAAAAUCCAUCAUAUUAUUGCUGGCCAUAUCUGGUAGUUUUCUAUUACUGUGGUUUGUCGCCGCGGCUUAUUUCAUAUGUGUAAAAGUUUCAGACGCUCAAUACUUCCGCUCCGAUUCCAGCCACUCCCUCGCAGUUAUGGAAAAGAUAGGAUAUAUGUUGCAGCUUCUGAGCCCCUGUGGUAACACGGACCGCCAGGACGUGUCCUGGAUGGAUGACAAGGGCGAGGAAGUGCAGAGUGUGCAGGAACAGCCUGUACAGUACGGGCUUCUCGGCGGCUGGGCAUCUCGGAAAGGCGGUUCAUGUUGCGUGGGGCCGGCUCUCGGGAAGGGACCGGGCCGUCGGUCCUAUGAACUAUUCCGACGGAGCGGGACUCCUCUCAGGGCCGGGACCGCUGCUUACGAGGAGCGCCGGGCUCAGGUGGAGGCGGAGAUCAGUCGCACCGGCUGCUACCGUUUGACGGCGACUGAGCUCAGCUUCGGGGCAAAGCAGGCGUGGCGCAACGCUGCCCGUUGCGUGGGCCGCGCUCACUGGAGCCGUUUACAGAUCUUUGAUGCGCGGGACUGUGAGUCUGUGGAGGAAAUGUUUGAACACAUCUGUAACCACAUCAAGUACUCGACCAACAAGGGCAACAUCAGGUCAGCGAUCACCAUCUUCCCGCCGCGGUGCGAGGGGAAGGGGGAUUUCCGUGUGUGGAACAGUCAGUUCAUUCACUACGCUGGCUUCGUCCAGCCCGAUGGCAGCGUGCUGGGAGAUGGGGGCACGGUGGAGUUCACACAGCUGUGCGAGAGCCUGGGUUGGCAGCCAAACAGGGGCCGCUUCACGGUGCUGCCGCUGGUCUUGCAGGUCCCAGGUGGUGAGCUCACCCUUUGCCCCGUCCCACCCGAGCUGGUGCUGGAGGUGGAGUUGGAACACCCGCAGUACGAGUGGUUCAGGGAGCUGGGCCUGCGCUGGUACGGGCUGCCCGCCGUGGCCAACAUGCUGCUGGAGGUGGGAGGGCUAGAGUUCCCCGCCGCACCCUUCAACGGAUGGUACACCGCCGCCGAGAUCGGUGCUCGUAACCUCGGCGACACUGGCCGCUACAACCUGCUCAAGUCUGUUGCAGAGCGGCUGGGGUUGGACACUGGCCGGACCUGCUCCUUGUGGAAGGACCGAGCUGCCAUUGAGGUCACCGUCGGCGUGCUGCACAGCUAUCAGCGGGCGGGGGUGACGAUCGUGGACCACCACGCCAUCAGCGAGUCGUUCCUGAAGCACUUGGAGAGGGAGCACCGGGUGAGAGGCGGAUGUCCCACCGACUGGGUCUGGGUGCAGCCCCCCAUCUCUGGAAGCCUCACCCCACUCUACCACCAGGAGCUGCUGAACUACAACCUCUCGCCCGCCUUCCGCUACCAGGUAGGUCUCCUAACCCGAGCCCCGAAAUUCAGCCCUGAUCCACCACCCUCGGCCCUCACUCAAAUACAACGCACUGAUGAUAAUUUUCCAAUGUUCUAUAGAUUCAGGAUCAGCUCUUGUGGUUUGGAGGAUAGCUAAUGUUAUCCCACUUUUUAAGAAAGGCGGGAGAGAGAAAACACGGAAUAUUAGACCAGUUAGCCUGACAUCGGUGGUGGGGAAGAUGCUGGAGUCAAUCAUAAAAGAUGAAAUAGCGGCACAUUUGGAUAGCAGUAACAGUAUGCAUUUACGAAGUCAUAUAA